AACAGAAAAAAAGCUUAAAAAGCACCUUUUUGUAUGAAUACUUUGCUGUUUAACUUCCUUUUCUUUCUUUAGACUACAAAUUCUGUUUGAUCAAUGCAGCUAAAAGACAAAAAACUUCAAAAUACAAAAUUGCUAUUAUAAAAUGGUCAACCCCUACCAAGGGUUAAAAAAAGGUAUUCCAUCUCCCAAUCAUCCCUCUUUAUCCAUCAGUCAACAGGCUAAAUGGAGGCGUCAGACAUCUCAUCCAAGAUUUUAGUAAAAGCUCUUGUGUAACUUCUUUGAAGUUCAGAACCCUGGUACUUUUCCUCCCCUCUGUGCCAUGGUGCCACUUGAAAAAAGCUCACAUUCAAAGUCAACUUUACCCCAUAAAAGGAGAAAAGAAAAAGAAAAUGUCUGUGGCUCCAGUUCUCUGUGGCAGAGGGGACAAACGAGAGGUGAAGGGGGGGUUCUGUAAGAAAUACACAGGCGCACAUUCCUCACCCCCUACCCCGACGGGCUCACAUAAACACUCUCAAGUGACCUUAUGUGUUCUGUUCCUCUCUGCAAGAGCACCUGCAGAGCAUGUGGGAAGUUCAGCUUUGAACCGAGGAAUCAGGAACAGAUAACUGCACUUUCGGGUUACAGAAGCCCCACGACAAGCACAAACCUGCCUCCUGCUGCUGCUGCCGCUCUGAAAAGGAACAGGCCACCCCCUUUCUCCAACACAUUUUCCAAACAUAAAGAGAGAGUGGGGCCCGUCGGAGCAGGAGGAAAAAAAACACAGAGCAUGAGAGAGGGAAAGAAGAGGGAGAGGCUCUGAGGGGAGAGUGUGAGGGGGUGUUGAGGAGGAGGAGAGUCUGAGAACCGGCUUAAAACUGUGAGAACGUCAGCCUGUUGAGAGCAAAGAGUGAAGGCAGCCAGAGUGUGAACAAAGGACGAGGAGAAUUCAACCCACCAGCACAGAGAAGAGAUGGCGUCACUGCAGAGGUUCCUGGCGGCACUUCUCGUUUUUGUCCCGCCUGUGAUUCAUGACAGCUUUUUCAGUUCUGCUGCGUCCACUUCCCCGCCCAACACUCGACAUCAGAUCGAAUUCGUGACAGGCCUGGUCUUAGACUAUAACUAUGGGGAUAAUUCUGAUGACAGUCCCAACCCUGACCUGGAGGUGCGGUCGUCUGUAAGGACUCCCAUCUUUGCUGAGAAGCCUCAGUACUGCAAGUACGACGCUUGCUUGGAGGAUCAGGAACCCUGCGACCAACUUGCAAUGAAAUUUGGGUGCCUUUGUCCUGGGAUGAGUGGAUCUGAAAUAGCUCCUCACCCACCUUUCAUUAAAGCACUGCUUCCUGUUACUGAUGGAGAUAACCGAGGAAAGAUCGAGGUACAGUGGUGUGCUCCGUCCUCAGAGGUGACUUCUUACAGAGUUGUGGUUGAGGGGACAAAUAUUCCUGCUCUUGAAGUCGGGAAAGCAUCACGGAAAGGUUUGGUGGGCUCUCUGGAGGUGGGCACGAAGGUGUGCGUGGAAGCAGUGAACGAUGCCGGACAAAGCACACCCUCAGAGUUCUCCUGCAAGAGAUACGACCACACUGGGUCUUCUGGACAUGAACUGCUCGCCUUGGUCAUAGGUGGAGGAAUUGGUCUCCUCCUACUUCUCAUUGUAACAUCAGUGAUUUUCUGGAAAUUUCAGCUGUGUCGAAAGGCAAAGAGACCUUCUUCUAAUCGGUUGGGGAACCCAUAGACAACCCUGUAGGACAUUAGGGAGAAAAACGGGGCAAGGACAGUUCAUCCAAUCAUGUGGAACAAACCCAGACUCAUUUGGUAGGGCAACAUGAUCAUAAGGAAUUCUGUUUUUCACCACUUAUAGAAUAUAUUGAGCUGUUUAGACUCCUGUUUUAAGGAGACCAAAUCUGACUGUGUAAAACAUAGUGACUCAUCAAGAAACGCUAACAAAAAGUAUGUUUGUUUGGAGGAUUAGAACUACAGGUUUGUUUGCUGGCAGAUUAACCUUUUGUGUAGUUUGUAGUUUUAUGCUGUCUCAUAAUUUAUGUUGUACAUAAGUGCUCCCUAAAGGAAAUGAAUUAAACGUUUGUAUUAAAAAUG